AGUGGCAGUGUAGUAAAAACAAUUAGUUUGUCUACCGAACCGUCAUUCUAUUGAAUCUUCCUUUCAGUUCUCAUGGCUGUCUCCGUUCCUCAUCACUCGCUCCCUUCCUUCACUUCAUUCCAUAGAAAUCGAACCUCACCAACGAUUUUCCAACGUCAUUUGCGACCAAUAACAACACUCACGUAUUCACCAAAACUCAAUACAAUUCAAUGCUCAGCCAACCCCAAUACCGAAACUCUCAGAACUUGCAAGAACUGCAAAACCCAGUUCGACCCUUUGCUUAAUCACCCUCGAGCUUGUAGAUUCCACACCGCCCAUUUUGGAGGGGAAACGAAGAGAAAGUUCGAAAGUGUCUACUCAGGAGGCACCAUGGAUACUCCUGAGUCUGGCAAAGUUUUCCAAUACUGGCAUUGCUGUGGAUCUGAGGACCCCUUUGACCAUGGAUGUACUGCUGCUCCUCAUUCCUCCUAUGAUGACUGAUGCAGUUGAAGAUAUUCCACUUUUGAUGUGUAAUUCACUUCUUUCACCUAGGAUUCUUGAUUGUUUACUUAUUAUAGUUGUGGUUCUCAAAUGUGCAUUUGCACCCAAAAAA